ACUAAUGUUAUAUUUACAACGUUGAAGAAUUCUGAAGUGCUCACUAGGUGUUAUCGCUCACACCAAAAACUUUACGCCACAUUGGCUUUAAAAUGAAUUAGUAACCCCAAAGUUGAAAAACAUUCACAAAACAUAAAAACUGCUUUCGAAUAUGUCCUCAUUACCAGUUGAGGAGGAGACCUCUUUUCUCAGGACUGAAGACUUCAUUUGCCUCAGCUGCUUUUCCCAUGGAAGCUCGGAGCGACUUUGCUUGGCUGCAGAGGGAUUUGGAAACAGAAUGUGUUCUCUAGAAAUAAUUUCAAGAGAGUCACCUCCUCCAAAUAUGCCCCCGUGUGUUUUUGUUCUGGACCAAGCUCUUUCUGUACGAGCCCUUCAAGAAAUGCUUUCCAUUCAACAUCAAAGCUCAGAUGGAAGCGGUCAGUCUGGUCAUAGAACUUUGCUCUAUGGACAUGCUAUCCGGCUAAAACAUAGAGAAAGUAACAUGUACCUCUCGUGUCUUUCGACAAGCACAUCACAAGAUAAACUAGCUUUUGAUGUUGGUCUUCAACAGAAUGCUGAGACCGAAGCUUGCUGGUGGACAAUACAUCCAGCGUCAAAACAGCGUUCUGUUGGAGAAAAAGUCCGGAUAGGAGAUGAUCUUAUCUUGGUCAGUGUUUCAUCUGAACGUUAUUUACAUGUUUAUGGGGAAGUCAUUUCAAGCAAUGGCGUAAUUGCGAGUUUCCAGCAAACUCUGUGGACAGUACUUCCCGUUUCCAGUGGUGCAAUAAGGCAAAAAUCUAUGCAUAUGGUAUUAGGCGGUGAUGUUGUUCGCCUCUUUCAUGGUGAUGAAUCUUUGACAGCAGCGUGUGCCACUGAGUCAGAGGAAUUUUCAUCAUCGGUCGCAAUGACAAUGAACGGAUCAGCUCCCGGAAGUCCCCCUAAUAAAAUACAACGUUCUAGUAUAGUGAAUUCUGAUUUAUUGUCUGGUUCACGUCAUGCGGUUAUGUAUGAAAUUGGCGCUGUUUCAACAAGUGCUCGCUCAUUAUGGCGGAUUGAACAUAAGAAAACUAAGUGGAGUGCUGGUUUCUUCUCAUGGGGUUCUGAAAUUCGUUUACGUCAUGUAACUACUGGUCGUUAUUUGGGUGUAUUGCCUAGUGAAGCAAAUGGAAGUGGACACUGUGAUGUCGUCACUUUGUCAGCACAUGAAGCAACAAAUGCAGCUUCAAUCUUUUUGAUAAGACCUAGUAAAGAUGAUAAAAAACGUUCAGAAGAACACGAAACUGAAGGUAUGGGUGAACCAGAUCUUAGAUUAGGUGAAACAUUAGCUUACCUUCAACAUGCGGCAUCUGGUCGAUGGUUAUCAUAUGAGGCAUACGAAACACGUAAACGUGGUGUUGGUCGUGUGGAAGAGAAAAAAGCUGUCCUAUUAAUUGAAGGUCAUAUGGAUGAUUUGUUUAGUUUAGUAAGAGCACAAGAUGAAGAAAUCAGGUCAGCAUCAGCAAUACGUCGAUGCACAUCUGUAUUUAAUAACUUUAUACAUGCAUUAAAUUAUAUAUCAUCACCGCAAAAUAUAACUUUACCAUCACAACAGAGUCAGUGUAAUUUAAGCAGUGGACAUUUAUUAGGUGAAGUAACUCAAUGUUUAGAGGAUUUGAUUGAAUUUUUCGCUCAACCGCAUCCACAUGAAGAGCACGAAAUUCAACAAUCUAAAUUAACUGCAUUAAGAAAUCGUCAAAAUUUGUUUCAGAAUGAAGGUAUGAUUGGGCACGUAUUGAGCACUAUAGAAAGAUUCACUGGAACAUUCCAAACGCGUCGAGAAUUUUCACAAGCUGUUGGUGAGGAUAAAGCUGAUCAGUUUGAUGAAUUGGGUAAUUAUCUAUACUUACUAUUAGCUGCACUUAUUCGUGGCAAUCGUGAAAAUUGUGCACAGUUCGCUACACCUACCCGAUUGGAUUGGCUUUUCAAUAGGCUGGAAUUACAACAGGGCUUCGCUGAAGGUGUAUUGGAUGCUUUACAUUGUGUUCUAACUGACAGUGACGAAGCUUUGUAUUUGAUAACAGAACGUCACAUACGCACACUGAUUGGGUUACUGGACAAGCAAGGUCGUGAUCCAAGGGUUCUACAAGCAUUAUGUUCAUUAUGUCUAGGACGUCAAGGUGGAGCUGUACGAUUAAAUCAGGAGUUGAUAUAUGAAACUUUACUACCACAAAAAGAUUUAUUAUUACAAACAAAAUUAGUUGAUCAAUGUGGAUCAGUUCGACCAAAUAUAUUUGUCGGUUAUAAAGAUGGUGGAGCUAUGUAUCCGAAGUGGUAUUUUGAAGUAAUUAUUGAUUCACUCGAGACAGUCACACAUCAACCAGCAAAAAUUCGGGUUGGUUGGGCUAAUACAGAAGGUUACAAUGCACAUCCCUGUGGUGGACCUGGUUGGGGUGCUGCAGGAUUGGGUGAUGACCUGUUUAGUUAUGCAUUUGAUGGCAGUUGUUUAUGGGCUGGUGGUAAACCGAAACGGGCUACAAUCGGAACAGAUGAAGCAACAAAUGAGGAAGCAACAUCUAAUGUACCAUUGAAACGUGGUGAUAUUAUUGGAUGCUUGUUGGAUUUAACUGGACCUGUUAUUCAGUUUAAUGUGAACGGGCGUCUAGUAAGGGGAUAUUUUCAGGAUUUCAAUAUAAGCGGUUUGUUCUAUCCAUGUAUGAGUAUGAAUGCAAAAGCAAGUGCAAGAUUUCUUUUAGGAUCAAAUCAAGGUCGUUUACAUCAUGGUCCUCCACCCGGUUACUCACCUAUAUAUUAUGCUAGACAACCGGGACAAAAACUUCGUCUUGAACCUGUAUUUACAUUCGGUCAACUUGAUAAAUACGUAUUCACCGGUCCACUGAAUUCACCGACACCACAACAAUAUGUAUUUGUACCACGUACAGUGCGUACUUCUCAUAUCCAAUUACCAAACUAUGUUGAAAUGGUUCGUGAUAGAUUAGCUGAGAAUCUACAUGAAAUGUGGUCUAUGCGUAAAAUUGAUCAGGGCUGGAAAUAUGGUGAACGUCGAGAUGAUGAAAAUAAUCUUCAUCCUUGUUUGACUACAUUUGACAAGCUGCCGCCGUCAGAUAAGCAGUAUAAUGUAACACUUGCCUAUGAAACAUUAAGAACAAUAAUUAGCUUAGGUUAUAAUAUUACUUAUGAACCAUUACCUGAGGGUACAAGGAUGAGAACAAUGAAGCUAUCAAAUAGCUUUACUCAAGUGAAUGGUUAUAAACCUCAACCAUUGGAUUUAACACAAAUUCGUUUGUCUGUGCGUAUAGAAGCAUUAGUUGAUCAAUUAGCUGAAAACACACAUAAUAUGUGGGCACGUGAUCGUAUUGCACUAGGAUGGACUUAUGGUUUUGUUGAAGAUCAUUCACAGAAACGAAGUCCACAUUUAGUUCCAUACAGUGAAGUUGAUCCUAUUAUUCAACAGUCAAACAAGGAUACAGCGAUUGAAACAGUGAAAACACUUAUAGCCUAUGGAUAUUCACUGGAACCCAUUAGUUCAGACUCUUCCGAUCCAGGUCGUGGUAAUUCUAAUAUGGAUUAUUCAGGACCAACCAGGACUUAUCGUGGCCAAACUACUAGAGCAGUAACACGUGGUAAAUGGUACUAUGAAGCAGAAAUACUAACAUCUGGUUUUAUUCGAAUUGGAUGGGCUAAGAAAAGUGCACCACCUGACUUAAUAAUCGGUUCAAAUAGCAGUUCGUAUGCUUUUGCUGCACAUCAGGCUCGUAAGUGGAAUCGAAAUGGUUCUGUCUAUGGUACAAUCUGUCGACCAGGCGAUGUAGUUGGUUGCAUGAUGGAUUUAGUAGACAAAACUAUAUCAUUUUCAUUGAAUGGAGAGUUGAUGAUGGAUCCUCUUGGACUAGAAAUAGCCUUUAAACACAUAAAAGUGGAAGAAGGUUAUGUGCCAGCGUUUUCUCUUGGAUCUGGACAGCAAGUUAAGAUCAAUUAUGGAAAUGAUGUUCAAUCACUGAAAUUCUUUACUUAUUGUGGACUUCAAGAAGGAUAUAAGCCAUUAGGAGUUAAUAUGUGUCGACCGUUGCCUAUGUGGUAUUCCAGAGAGGAUCCAUCUUUAUUUGUUGAUGUUGAUCGGCAGCAUCCAUCGCUAAAAGUUAACGUAUCAUCUGGAACAACACCUACUUUUAAAGUAACAGUUAAACAAGCAGACCAUAUGUCAUCAGAAGAAAUACAAUUUUUACGAUUAAGUUUAGGCACACAGUGUAAAGAUCAUUUUACAUCAAAAACCUUGAAUGAACGUCAUGCACAUCUUGAUGCUUUAAGGCGUCAACUUGAACCAGAACCAAUUUACACACAAGGUGUUGGAGUUGGAGAUUCUUCUAAUCUGAUUAUGAUGGGACAAGAUAUGUCUGCUUCUACACUAGAAGUUCGAGAUAGACGUGGUAAGAAAAUUAGACUUGGAAAUAUGUUUAAGAAAGCUCGAUCAAGGGAUCCAAGCCCAGAAGUAACAUCGACUUUAGGUGGAGGAGGUGGUGGGUCGUUGCUAAGUGGUGGUGGUAGUAGCCUUACUGGUGGCAAACGUGGUGGUGCACAUGCUACAACUGGUUCUUUGGGUCCUAGUGGCGGUGGUGGUCAGGGAAGUGCAGGAUCUGGUAGUCUUCUUUCUGCAACAGCUGGGGGUUUUUCCACUGGCAUCACGGGGCCACAAGUUACAACAACCCAAAUGUCUCAACUUUAUCAAAAUCCUCCUGGUGCUAUCAGUGGUCAGAGGCAGGUGCAACAGGCAGGAAUGCAGGCACCAGGGGCUCUCGGUGAUAUAAAAGAUACUAGAGCAACUGGUCUAGAUGAUAUGGACUUAUUUCUUCCAACAUCAAGUGGACACACAAGUCCAUUAGCUAAUCUCGUCGAUGAAUUUUCAUUCACAGUAUUAGUGUUACCCGGACAAGAUCCUGGCCUAGUUCAUAUUGGUUGGGUCACAAGUUACUUUAAAUUAGCUAAAACAAGUAAACCGGAUCAUAUUAGUGGAUUUUUACAUAAUGUAUCAUCACAAUUACAAUUCGACACAACACAUGGACAAUUACAUGGUCACUCUAAUCAAAAUCCUAUGCUUGGUGAUACUAGUGGCAGCGGUAUACAACCAUACGCUGCCGACUUAUUCACUGUUCGUCAAGCAGCUGUUUGUCUCUUGGAGUCAGAUUUAACAUUAAAGUCUGCUGUUGCUGAACGUGCAUCUUUCAUGGUGAACUUGGGGCAAUUACUCAAUCAGAUGGCUACAGCAGAAGACUUAGGUAAACGAAUGAGUCAAGGCUUAUCGCUAACUUGUUGGGUUGAUAUAGCCAGUGGAACAUUGGGAUUUGAUUUAAAUGGUCGUGAUAGUGGGAUACGGUUUCAGGUCGAGCCAUCCACACGUUUAUUUGCUGCAGUCUUUUAUCGACCUACUGUUAAAGAGGCUAUCCAUUUUGAAUUUGGUCGACGAAAUCGUUAUACUUUACCAAUUACGGCGAGUAUGCUUCGACCACCAAGAUAUACAUCCACUGUGUUGCCACAUCGUUUAAGAGUUCAAGCAUUGGAGCGUGUUCAUUGGGCUCGUGUACCACCGAAAGCUAUAAAGAUGUUCAGUAUGAAGAUUAGUGAACUACGCGGAUGGGGUACCUCUAUUGAAUAUCCAGUCUCCGAAAUUGCUGUUCGUUUACCAGAAUCAGACAGAUGCUUUAUAGCUCUUGAAUUAGAGGAAAUGCCAGAAUUAUUGAAGUAUCAUUCUCAUACACUGGAAUUAUAUCGUGCUUUAUGCUGUCACGAUAAUCACAAUGUUGCACAUUAUUUAACCAAUCAUGUGGAUGAACAUCAAUUAUUGCAUGCUAUGACAGCCGCAGAUAUGCCUGGACCUCUACGUUCUGGUUUUAUUGAUUUAAUGUUAGUUAUGCAUAUAAGUAGUCAUGUAAAAUUGAAACAAGUCACAGGAAAGGAAUUCAUUGUACCAAUGUUUAAAACUGAACCGAAACAGAAAAAAUAUAUAUUCGAUUUUGAUGAACGUACAGGAGAAUUAGACGGUAAAAAAAUAAACGAUGACGGCGGUAAAGAAGUUGAUGAAUAUGAUUUCGACCGGAUACCAGCUGUUGAAGAACAUAUCAGUAUUCGUCCAGAACUGAAAACUGAUCCACAUUUACUUAUUCCUGGAGCAGAUGGAACUGGCAAUUUACCUGUAACGCCACCAGAAAAAACAAAAGAAGAUAGUGCAAUGUCAACUGCAUUGAAUAUAGCUGGAACGAAUGGUUUAUUAAAACUAUCCGAUUGUCCACCAUUUCCAUUAGUUAAAUUGAAAUUAGUCUGUUUAGAUUGUUUAGUUGAUAGUGUAUAUAAAGGUGGUAGUAUACGUGAUCCAGCUGGUGGAAGUUAUGAACAUUUAUUGCUACCGUUAGUAAAAACAAUCAACUGUCUACUUGUUAUGGGUGUGCUCGAUCAAAAAGAUAUUCACACUCUAUUGGCUAUCUUGGAUCCUAAAUCAUUUAAAGCAUCAUUACCAUUAAGAGGUGAUUCGACGUAUGAAAGUCUACUCGAGUUUCACUUGCCGGAAAGUGUCAAACUAGAAAUAUGCCGUUUGUUACAUAAUUUAUGUGAUUUACAAUUACGUAACCGAGUAGAACAAGUUGUAAAAUUUGCUAGUAAAUUUGUACAAGCUUUACAAGAAGAUCAAAAUUUUAGGUAUAUGGCUAUCAAGAAAUCCAAUCUACCAUCAUCUGUAGCAGCUAGAAGAACAAGGGAAUUUAGAUGCCCUGCCUCAGUACAGAUGAAAAGUCUUCUUCAAAUCCAUGGUCCGGGUGGACCAACAGGUCGUUCACAAGAGACACAAACUGAACCAUCAACUAAUGAGACAGUUUCUGGAAAUGAAGAAGAAGAUGAUGAAUUAGAGGAUGUUGAAACUAAUCCCUGCUCGGAAGAAGUUAAGGAAAUGCUUCGAAGUUUUCACAAACUACUCUGUAAUAAGUUAGGUGUAAUGUUACCAGAAAAUAAUGAAAACAACUCAGGAAAUAAAUCAGAUUCUGAUAAAUCUGCUGACAGUGGGUUCGAUGAAUCACAUUUACAUUCACCAUUACUAACACAUCCAUCAGAUACACUUAGUUUAGCAUCAUUUGGUCCAUCUUAUCCAUCUGAUGAAUUACAAACAGCUUUAGCUCACCUUCCAUUGGUCCCGCCUGAUAUGGGUCAUCCAGAAGAAGGUUCAGGUACACCACCAUGGAUUUUAAAAUUAUUAUGGAAUAUAAUUAUUCGUAAUCCAUUGACAAAUGAUUCAGCCAUUGAAGUGAAUGAGAAUAAUGAACAGACAUCUGUUACUCAGUUUUAUCAUUCAGGAAAACGUUCACUGGAUGGACUUAUCGUUUAUACGAUAGUUAAAUGGGCUAAAGAAGGUUUUAUUGAGAGUUUAGAACUGAUCCGAGAAAUGUUUUCUGCACUUCAUCGUCAAUACAAUGCAACUGAAGAACUAAAAAAUGCACUAGAAAAAACUUAUGUCAUCAGUGGUUCAUCACAAGAUGAAGUAUCUCGUCUAUUACGUUCACUUGGACGAGUAAGAAGUUUACUUGGUGUUCAAUUAGGAUCAAAUGAAGAAAUUCUAUUAAAGAAUUGUUUAUGGGACUUAAUGAAUAAUAAAGUAUUCUUUCAACAUCCUGAUUUAACACGUUGUUUGGCUGUACAUGAGACAGUUAUGCAAUUAAUGGUACAAACAUUAACUAAAGCAACAUUUGAACAACCGGGUGGAAAUACCAUUUCCAAAGAUGCAUUACAUUCAUCCAAUCAGGCGGUAACAACUGACAUUACAGUGACUAGUGUCACUGGUUCUUCAUUACCUGUUCUACAUGAGGAAGGUUUAAAUUCAACUACAGGUCAUGGAAGUCAUCACCAACAACAACAGCAAUCGCAACAACAGCGUGGUUCAACUGGACCAACUGAAAUGGUUGUUCAAUGUUGUCGUUUUCUAUGCUAUUUUUGUCGUACAUCAAGAGAUAAUCAAAAAGCUAUGUUUGAACAUCUUAGUUAUAUGCUAGAAAAUUCAUCUAUGCUACUUGCUCGUCCAAGUCUUCGUGGUACAUGCCCAUUGGAUGUAGCCUAUUCUUCUUUGAUGGAUAAUAAUGAAUUGGCUUUGGCUCUACGUGAAAAACAACUGGAAAAGGUUGCUGUCUAUUUAUCACGUUGUGGUGUUCAGUCAAAUGCUGAGCUAUUAGCUAAAGGUUACCCAGAUAUUGGAUGGGAUCCAGUGGAAGGAGAACGUUUUCUUGAUUUCUUACGUUUCACUGUUUGGGUUAAUGGUGAAACAGUUGAAGAAAAUGCUAACUUAGUUGUUCGUCUAUUGAUUCGUCGACCAGAAUGCUUAGGUCCGGCAUUGCGCGGUGGAUCGAAAGUUAUGAAACAUUCUACUGGAAAUACGGGAACAGACGGUUUAGAAGUGCCACCAGGUGGUCCAGAUGGAUUGCAUGCUGCAAGCGAAUCAACUGGACAGCUGAUUAGCGACACAGAUUAUCAGCCUAAUUUAGCUGGUGGUGGUCUUCUAAAGGCAAUGAAAGAAGGUCUAGUAAUGUCAGCUCAAAUUAAACUAGUGAAAAUGGCUCAAGAAGCUGAAGCAGCAGGCUUGAAUCCAGAAGAAGAAGAUUUAGGGUGGCGAACAGUCUUGAUGGACUACGAAGACGCUAAUUUAUUUACACCACUACCAUACAACUUUGAAUCACUACCGCCUGAAGAUGAUCCCGAUUACAUUGAUUUGGGUGCUGCAAUAUUGACGUUUCAUUCAAUUUUGGUAAAUCUAUUGGGAUAUUGUGCCCCAGAUAUGGAAACUGUUAAAAGUGAAUCAAUACGUGCCAGGUCAAUUUUACAAUCACUUGUUAGUAUGGCUGAUUUAGAAGGAGUUUUAUCAUUGAGAUUUAUAUUACCUCCGCCAAAAUUAGAAGUCCAGACUAAUGAAGAUGGAGAAGAUGAAUGGGUUGAUAAAGCUGGUAUGCCACCUGGUCUACUGCCAGAGCAUAAAGCAUCAGUUGUGCUAUUUUUAGAGCGAGUUUAUGGAAUUUCAGAUGCUGCAACGUUCUUAAGAUUAUUAGAAAAUGGUUUUCUACCAGAUUUACGUGCAGCCACAUUACUUGAUUCAACUGUUGUUCCAGACAGUGAUAUGGCUUUAGCAUUAAAUCGUUAUUUAUGCAACAGUGUUUUGCCAUUACUCACACGUCAUACUAAAUAUCUUGGCGAAGAAGGUACAACUGGAGGAUUAUUUGAGGCAACAUUACAAACGGCUUAUCGUUUAUCCAAAUGUCGAUCCAUAACUAAUCAUCAACGUGAAGUUGUUUGUGACUUUUUAGUUGCUUUAAUGCAACAAAUUAAACCACCAAUGAUGUCUGCUCUAUUAAAGAAAAUGGUUUCUGAUUUACAUACAUUAUCAAAAGAAUCCGUCGUAUCACUUCGAGCGUUGACAGAAUUUUACCAACGCUGUGGAACUUAUUAUAGUUCAGAUGGAUGGACAGGUGGGGCACAAGGUUCACCAGGACAUAGUGCAACAUCAGUUGACGAGGAUUCUGGAGGCACCAGUAACGAAACCGGUAGUGGUGUUGGUGCUAGUUCUGGUGGAGCUGAUAACGUAGGUAGUCGUAGCGGUGAUGGUGAAACAUCAGCAUCUGAAGAGGAACGAAGUAUUACUGCUCAUCUAUUCAUAUUAAUAUUCGAAAAGUUAUCCCGACAACCAUAUGAACCCGAAUUAUUUUCUUAUGCAUUACCAUGUCUAUGUUCGAUAGCAUGUGCUUUGCCACCGGAUUAUUCAAUUAGUCAAUUAAAUGCGAUGGGUCAACAAAAUGACAGUUUAGGGCAAAAUGUUGGGCAAUCAGUAUUCACUGAUCAAAUGAAUUCUUUACUAGUUCCUGGGGCUCCUAAAUUAGAAACAAAUGAUUCACUUGAUGAACUUGUUCAUCACGAUGUAUUUCGCCCUCAACCUAUAGAUACAUCUCAAGUUCGUCUUCCAGUAGCAUUAAAUGGCUUAAUUCAGAGAUUUGCUGAGCAUUGUCAUGAUUCAUGGGCUUUAGAUUUGAUUGAACAGGGUUAUACGUUUGGUGCACAAGUUGAUGAAGUUCGAAGAACACAUCCAAAUUUACGCCCUUUCAGUCAGUUGCCACCACAGGAGCAAAUGAGAUACAUUCAUCCUGUAACAGAUACACUGAAAACGAUGUUAGCUUGUGGCUGGUCUGUUGAUGGUGAUGAAAAUCGUUACCGUGAUACACCUGGUGAUACAAAACACAUACGUAGACAAACGAUUACAAGUGAUAAUUUGUUAAAUUAUAAUCCAUGUCCAAAAGAUUUACGUGGUGUAAAUGUUACUAAAGAAAUGUUAAAUAUGGCUGAACGUUUAGCUGAUAAUGCACAUAAUAUAUGGGCCAGACAAAAAAUGAGCGAUCUCGAAGCAAUCGGUGGUGGAGUACAUCAAUUACUAGUACCGUAUGAUAUAUUAACAGAUAAUGAACGUAAAAGAUAUCGGCGUCUAACCCAUGAAUUAAUUAAAUAUUUACAAUAUAAUGGUUAUAGAUUAACUGUUCGUACUGGAUCGAAUUCAACUAAUACUAAUACAAAUAAGGGGAAUGGAGGUACUGGUAAUGUUCGACAUCAUGACAACAGAAAUUUAGCACCAACAUCACGAUUUGCUUAUGGGUUAUUGAAUAAGCUUUUGGAUUAUGUCGAUUCGGCCAUGUCAUCAGUUCGUGAACCAAUGCCAAGCACUCGUUAUAGUACUAGUCGUUCAUGGUUAAGUUCAAGUCAAGAUAUGAAAUUCUUUGUUAAAGUUGUACUACCAUUAGUUGAACGCUACUUUGAAACACAACAGGCAUACUUUUUAGACCCAGUAGCAGGUGCUUCAAUUGAUGAAAAGAAGAUGGCUGCCACUUUAUUCUGUAAACUCUUCUCGUUACUUCGAAUAAAAUUGAACACAUUUGGACAUGAUGUAAAGAUAGCCGUAUCUUGUCUUCAAGGUCUUGUGCAAACAAUUGAUGUAAAAGCUAUCUUAAAGAUGGGUACUGCAGAGGAUUUUGUUCGCAGUCGUAUCCUACCGUUUUUUGUUAAUGCGGCUGAUGAUUUAUGCAUUGUAGUUCGAAAUCUUGAUGCUAGUCGAUAUUCACAUGUGAAAGGUACAAUUAAACGUGGAGCAUGUUCAGUAGAUUAUAUUCACAUGGUAUUAUUACCUGUACUGAAAUCAAUGUUUGAACAUUUGGGCAAAAACGAAUGUGGCGAAUAUCUGCUAGUGGGUAAUGUCCAAGUCACAUGUUACCGAAUACUCAACGCUUUAUAUAAACUAGGUACUACAUCAUCGAAACACGCAAAUCGUCAAAGCUUUGUUGAUGAACUAAAUAGACAUAGAGCUUUAAUCGGUGAUUGCCUUGCUGCACUAGCAUCUGCAUUCCCUGUAGCUUUUCUAGAGGCUAAUUUAAAUUCUAAUAAUCCUCUUUCAAUUACAUUCAAUAAUCGUGGUGGUGAUUAUAGUCUUGAAGCUAGAGAUGUACUUGAAAAGCUUUCUAAAACAAUUGGUGAUCUACAAAGCAUCAUUAAGCAAGUGGAACUUUUAGCCGAAUCUGGAGCAACUGGUGCUUCUGAAGCGCCAUAUCUUAUUGAGGUUACUUUACCUAUGCUUUGUUCAUAUUUACCUAACUGGUGGCGUAAAGGACCUGAAUGUAUGAAUUUAACUUCUUGUAAUGAUGGUUCUAAUGAAGGUGGAAUAGGACAAGACAAUAAAACUGGUAAUUUAGUACCUAAAACAAAAGGAAAUACCUUUCUAGCUAGUGCAACUGGACCUUUAACAACUGUUACAGCUGAUCUAAUGAAUCGAGUUCUUGGCAGUGUAUUGCAAUUAAUUCAAACAAACAUUGACUCACCACACGCACCUUGGAUGACAAGAAUAGCUACACGUACUCAGCCCAUUGUAGCUAAUUCUACAGCUGAUAUGCUUGGUCAAUAUUUUUUGCCAGUAUCUGAAAGGCUACUUGAACAUGCUUUGAUUGUUGAAAGAGUAGAAGAGGCGUAUAGAGCGGAAAAACGUGCAGGUUCUGAAAGUGUCGGUGAACGUGAAGAAGAACUAUCACGUUUAGUUGAAAUACUGGUACGAAAUUUAUUUGCGUUCUAUCCCCUUCUAAUAAAAUUUGUUGAUCGUCAUCGAAGUGCUUGGUUGAAAAAACCGACGUAUGAAACGCAACGUUUAUUCUCAGCGGUUGCAAGGAUGUUUUUAGUAUGGAUCAGAGCAACGAAAUUUAAACGUGAAGAAGAGAACUUUGUAAGCGCUCAUGAAAUUGAUCGGUUAUCACUGAUUGUGCCAAGUGGGGGAAAUUUAACACCGGGUAUAAAUCGAAGUCGAACUCACACAAAUGGACGUAAUGAAUCAAGUAGUUUGAAAAAUGUAAAAAAAGCUAAAACUGGUCCACAUACAAGUUUAACUGUUGCAUGUAUUAAACGUCUUCUACCAGUUGGUUUAAGUCAACUUGGUGGACGUGAGCAAGAACUGGUAUUAUGCGCGAAAAGAAAGCUGAUUAAGGAAACGCUUAGUUUGACAGGUGACAGAGGUUUGGAGCAUUUAAUGCAGAGAGAGAGUGACACUGCGAUUGAAGCUUUCCUCAACAAUGCUUUGGAUCAAGAAGGCGAUCUUGAUCAUAGAACUCAAAACUGGCAGAAAUUAUUAUAUAAAAAAAUUGAUCGAACUAUUGCAGCAACCGGCCGACAUGCUGAACUUGCAACAUCAACAAGAUCAGAGAUAGUUGACAAGAUUCAAAUUUUAUCCAAAGUAAUGCACGGUCUUUACUUGGUUGAUCAUCCACCAGCAAUAAGUAAAGGUUCUUGGAAAAAAUUGGUCUCCUCUCAACGUAAACGUGCCGUUAUGGCAUGUUUUCGUAUGGUACCACUUUAUGCAAUGCCAACUCAUCGUGUAAUGAAUUUAUUCAUAAAAGGCUACAUAACUGAAUGGUUAGAUUAUGAAGAAUCAUUAGGUGUGAAAUUAAUUGAAGAUGUGACAAGUGGUGCAUUACUGAAAGAUUUAUCCAAAUCAAAUGAAUUACCAUCAACAGGGGGAACUAAUGAAGUUAUAGCUGGCACUGUCCAUGCAAUUGAAGGUGUUCAGAAAAGUACAGAUACUGAAACUGGUGCAGCUCAAGAAUUAGAUAUGAUGGAUUCAACUUUAGAGCUGGAUCUAUCAACUAAAAACAAUGAUCCUGGAACGUCUAUCAAUUCAGAUAGUAAUAAAUCAGCUAGCCUAUUACAAACUGGUUCUUUACAAACAACUAAUAGCUCUUCAAGUCAAUAUAAUUAUGGACAAGAUUCAUCUUCAUGUCAGCCUGACCCACUGACACAAUUAUUAACAGCUCUAUGCCGUUCAGCAUCGGAUCAAGCUCCGGAUGAUCCACUAUAUCUAGCUUAUGCUAAAAUCAUGAGCAAAAGUUGUAGUGGUGAAGAUGAAGAAGAGGAAGAGGAGAACAGCACUGAAGAAGGUUCUAGUUUUCAGGAACAAGAAGAACAAAAGCAGCAAUUGCUGAGUGAACAAAAUCGUCUCGCAGAACGUGGUGCAGCUGAAAUGGUUCUACUACAGUUAGCUGCAUCCAAAGGUGAAUCCACACCAGUUGCUCAAGCGAGUAUUGAAUUAGGCAUAGCAUUACUACUUGGCGGUAAUAUCGGUGUUCAAGGAAGAAUGUUAGAUUAUUUAAUGAAAAAGAAAUUAUCUGGUUUCUUCACAAGUUUGGCUGGUUUAACACAAAAAUGUUCCGUUUUAGAUUUGGAUACAUUUGAAAGAUGUAAUAAAGCUGAAGGAUUAGCUGUUGGUCUGUCCGAUAUGGAAGGAAUAACUAACUUAUAUGAUGCUGAUUUCACUUGUAAAAUAUUUCGAUUUUUACAGUUACUAUGUGAAGGACAUAACCUAGCCUUUCAAGAUUAUCUACGUACACAAGCUGGUAAUACUGUAUCCGUGAACUUGAUUAUUUCAACAGUUGAUUAUUUAUUACGAUUACAAGAAUCCAUUAUGGAUUUCUAUUGGCAUUAUUCCAAUAAAGAUACAAUUGAUGAAUCAGGCAAAAAUAGUUUUGUUCGCGCUAUCAAAAUUGGCAAACAAGUGUUUCGUAGUUUAACCGAAUAUAUACAAGGUCCAUGUAUUGGAAAUCAACUAGCACUAGCCCAUAGUCGUUUAUGGGAUGCUGUAGCCGGAUUUAUUUAUGUUUCAGCACAAAUGCAAGAUAAAUUAAGUCGUGAUCCGGAUCAGUUAGAUUUAUUACGAGAAUUUCUCAAUUUACAAAAAGAAUUAAUGAUUAUGCUGUUAUCUAUGCUUGAAGGAAAUGUUGUCAAUGGGCCAAUUGCUAAACAAAUGGUUGAUACAUUAAUUGAAUCUUCGGCUAAUGUUGAGAUGAUUCUCAGAUUUUUCGAUAUUUUCCUUCGAAUGAAAGUGAUUACUACUUCUGAAGCAUUUUUAGCUUUCGAUGUAAAUGGUGAUGGCUGGAUUUCACAUCGAGAAUUUCGAUUAGCUUUAGAACAACAAAAAACCUAUUCACCUGAGGAGAUUAACUAUAUCAUUGCAUGUGUUGAUAAUAAUGCAGAUGGUAAAGUUGAUUUUAAAGAAUUCACAGAACGUUUCUACAAUCCAGCUGAAGAUAUUGGUUUCAAUUUAGCUUUAUUAUUGACUAAUUUGUCCGAACAUGUACCAUCUGAUCCAAGAUUGGAAAGAUUAAUUGACAAAGCUCGUGGAGUAUUAGACGUAUUCGAGCCACAUUUAGGUCGAAUAGAAAUUACCGGUUCAAAUGGUCGAAUUGAACGUGUUUACUUCGAAAUACGCCAACAGCAUAUUGAUCAAUGGGAAGCACCACAAAUUAAAGAAUCUAAGAGGUCCUUUUUACAUUCUGUAGUUGGUGAAAGUGGAGAUAAAGAGAAAUUAGAGUGUUUUGUUAAUUUCUGUGAAGAUACCAUAUUUGAAAUGCAACAUGCUCAGUCAAUUAAUGGAGAUGAAGCUGACAUAGCCUUGAAUAGGGUUGCUGCAUUUAAUCGCUUUUUGGAAAUAACUCACCUAGCUUUCAUCGGACAUACACUAUCAGUUAUAUUUAAUUGUGUACGACCAUCUCAAUUAUGUUCUACAUGGAAUACAUUACGUCAAAUGACAAUACCAGAUAUCCUGUUGACUAUACUCGGUAUAAUAGUUGGAUUAAUAAUUUGUGUGGGGCGAUUUGGAUCACAUAUACUUCAUCUUUUAUGGUAUAUUAUAGUUGCACUUGCGUCUGAUAUUAGUCAAAAAAGAUCUUUAACACAUUGUAAUUCAGCUGUACGCGCAAUGAUUCCAUGGUCAAUUGAUCGAAGUUCAUAUUCAAAAGUAGCUACAAUUACAGGAUCUAUGCAACAUCAUUCUAGUGAAAUCGAUACGGAACAGCCAUGGUGGUUAUUAUCAGAAGAUCAGCAAUUAUUAAUUGAACGUGCAGAUCCAGUACAUCUAGCUACCAUAAAAGAAGAGUAUGCAAUAACGAAUUCUGCAAAAUCUACACAUUUAUCACAUGAAAAUGAAAAAUCUGGAGGUGAUAUGUCUCCUAAACCUUUAGGUAAUUGGAAAAACAACAAUAAUAAUAUUGCUUCGCCAAAUUAUUUAACUAGUCAAAAUUUGAAAAAAAUAUCAACAUCGUCUUCUGCUCCGCCUGGAACUCGUGUACCUACAAGUGUUAUGAAUACUUCAUCUCCAGCAUCACCAACAGUGAAUCAGAAACAAGAAGAUGAAUGUAAAACAAAAUUCAACACAAGAAAUUAUGUCAUUUCACUUUUUGCCAGUAAUUUUUAUCGUUUCAAAAUUAGUGCGCUGAUAUUGGCGUUUGUUAUAAAUUUCCUCUUAUUAUUCUCCAAGGUAAAUCAGAUCAGUCCAAAUGCUUUAGGUGAUGAAGAUGCUAUUGGUAAUGAGUUAGGUGGAAAUGAUAGCAUUGAUACUGAUGCUGAUGAAGAGUUAGUUGAAUGGGUUUCAUCAGGCGAUACUUCUUCAUAUAUUGGUCCGCUCAUAGCUACACUUGCUGCCAUCCAUUCUAUACUAUCGUUUAGUACACUUGUGGCAUAUUAUUAUUUAAAGGUUCCACUAGUAAUAUUUAAACGUGAAAAAGAAAUUUGUAGAAUGCUUGAAUUCGAAGGCAUGUGGAUCUCUUCCCAACCGGCUGAAGAUAAUUUACGUGCACAUUGGGAUAAAUUGGUCUUAUCAACACCAUCAUUUCCACAAAUGUAUUGGGAUAAAUUUGUUAAAAAGAAAGUUCGUAAUAAAUAUUCCAUUCAAUAUGAUUAUGAUGAAAUUACAAGACUUUUAGGUAUGGAUAAAAUUAGUUCUGAUACCGAAACUGGUGGGACUAGUCUGUCGAAAUUUUUCGGAGGUAUUGAUAUACAAUAUUUGGUUUGGAAAUGGGGAGUCGUUUUUACAGAUAUUUCUUUCCUGUAUUUGGCGGUUUAUUUUGCUGCAUCGGCUUUUGGAAAUUUAAAUUACUUCCUUUAUGCUUGCCAUUUACUCGAUGUGGCUGUUUCAUUCAAAACGCUCAGGACAAUAAUUCAAUCAGUUACACAUAAUGGAAAACAACUUGUAUUAACAGUUAUGUUGACAUCGAUUGUUAUUUAUUUAUACACUGUGGUCGCCUUUAAUUUCUUCCGUAAAUUCUAUGUGAAAGAUAAUGAUGGUGUGCCUGAUCCAAAAUGUAAUGAUAUGAAAACUUGUUUCAUAUUUCACUUGCAUACUGGAUUAAGAGCUGGUGGUGGAAUUGGGGAUGAAAUUGAAGCACCUGACGGUGAUGAGUCAGAAAAUUAUCGAAUCUUAUUCGAUUUGACCUUUUUCUUCUUUGUUAUCAUUAUUCUGUUGGCUAUUAUCCAAGGUCUCAUCAUUGAUGCCUUUGGUGAUUUAAGAGAUCAGUUAGAACAGGUAAAAGAAGACCUUGAAUCGAAAUGUUUCAUAUGUGGUAUUGGCAAAGAAUACUUCGAUAAAAUACCACAUGGUUUUGAACAACAUGUUGAAAAAGAACAUAAUUUUGCAAAUUACAUGUACUUUCUAAUGCAUAUAAUCAAUAAGCCGGAUACAGAAUACACUGGCCAAGAAACAUAUGUUUGGGAGUUGUAUCAGCAAAGAUGUUGGGAUUUCUUUCCUAUUGGUGAUUGUUUUAGAAAACAAUAUGAAGAAGAAUUACAACCGAAAUAAUUAAUAAUGGGUACGCACUCUAUGAAAUGAACUAAAAAAUCAGAUAACUCACUAGUAGACAAUGAAAAUUAUCUCCUUUCUCUCUAGGUUUUCGUUAUGCAUUUAUUGUUUAAUAAUACCCAUUUAAAUGUUGUUAUUUUGUCGCUUUUAUUCAUUGAUUUCGUUUUCGUCGAUAAAAUGACAAAAUUAAUCCUAAUUCUAACAAGUUGAACACUCAUGAGGAUAGCAUCACAAUGUCCAUCUGAAGAAACCCAAUCAAAACGUUAUCCUAACAAGUAAUACUGUUUGUUUUUUGUUUAUUGCUUUCUCUCUUUCUGUCAGUCUAGUUAUCCAUUUUUUCCCAGUCUCCUAAAUUCUAAUCAGUUUUGACCAUGUCGAUCUACAGAACUGAAAAGUCUGAAAUAAUAACAACAAGUAAAAAAGUACCAAGUAAAAUGGAAGAUAGACUGCAACAAAAAUUUAUACAAUAUCAUACUCAAACUAUUGUUGAACACCAGUAUUAAUUUAGGAUCAACAUAAAUGCCUAUUAGUUCCCUUGCAUGCGAUAAUUUUAAAAUGCUAUAAAUAUGUUGAAAGAUACAUUGUGUUAAUUUUAAUUAUGUUGCAAAUAGAAAAUAGCUUUUCGUCU